AUGUUCAAAAGUCGUGGUGAUAGUAAUAUUGUUUAUAAAUGCACUGUACGAUUAUUAGAAGAUACAGAAAUAUUAGAAUGCGAAUUUCAUCCAAGUUAUAAAGGCAAAUUUCUAUUAGAACAUGUUUGCCAACAACUGAAUCUUCUUGAAACCGAUUAUUUUGGCCUGCGCUAUGUUGAUGCUGGGGGGCAGAGGCACUGGUUACAUUUAGCCAAAGUGAUAUUGAAGCAAGUAAAAGAUGCUUCACCCAUACUUUUUAGUUUUCGAGUAAAAUUUUAUCCACCCAAUCCACUACUGUUAAAAGAGGAUGUAACAAGGUUUCAAAUAUACUUGCAACUUAAAAGAGAUUUACUUCAUGGAAGACUUUAUUGUACUGCCAAUGAAGCUGCCAUGCUUGGCGCUCUCAUUAUACAGAUCGAACUUGGUGAUUAUGAUCCAAGUAUACAUGUAGGCAACUAUGUGACUGAAAUGAGACUUCUGCUAAGACAGACUGAUGCGAUUGAAGCUAGGAUCCAGGAGCUACAUAGAGAGCCAAUGGAAGGCACGCCGGGCGGCACUGACGGUGUUAAGGGCAUGUCCACACAGGAGGCAGAACGCACCUUCCUCAAGAUAGCCUGCCAGCUCGACACGUAUGGUGUUGAUCCACAUCCAGUUAAAGACCAUAGAGGCAAUCAAUUGUACUUAGGCAUCAACCACAGCGGCAUACUGACGUUCCAGGGGAGUCGCAAGACCCAUCACUUCAAGUGGUCAGAAGUGCACAAGAUAAACUUCGAAGGACGCAUGUUUAUUGUGCACUUGAACUAUCCUGAAAAAAAACAUACAGUAGGAUUCAAAUGUCCAAGCGGCGCCGCGUGUCGCCACGUGUGGUGCUGUGCUAUAGAACAGAUGCUGUUUUAUACGUUACCAUCGUCGAGUGACGCAUGCGUGUACUCCGGUGGCGGGUUGUUCUCGUGGGGCACCAAGUUCAAGUACGUAGGGAGGACCGAGAGGGAGAUCCUGGAGAGGGACGGUCUCCUCUCCCCGCGGGACUCCCAGGACGAGGGCUCCAGCGCAGGAGGCAAGAGGAAAGCGUCCAGUGUCCCGGCAACCCCCUCCACGCCUAUGACUGGGGACUUCGGCUACAGUAGCCUCCCACGGUCCACGCACAGCGCGCCGCUGGAGGAGAGCGGCGACGACGCGUGCGCCGGCGGCUGCCUGCUGGCCGGCCCCGCCGUCGACAUCGCGCUCGCCUGCUGCGACCACCGCGACCAUCGCGACCAUCGUGACCAUCGCGACCACCGCGACCAUCGUGACGAUGGCAAGCCAGCUGCGUGUCCGGAGUACAGCUCGCGGGAUCCGUUCGAGCACUCGUCCACGGAGUCGGCGGCGACGCACGUGACGUACGUGUCGCAGGCGUCGCACGCCGACGACUGGCGGCCGGCGCUGCAGCCCCCGCCGCGCCCCUUCAGCCUCUUCCGAGCAUUCAUCCCUUCCUUCCUCUUCGUGUGGCUAUCUCUCGCGAUCGCUGCACUCCUGGUAUUCGAAACGGAUUGGACCCUCCUGCGACCUCUCAAAAGAAAACCCGAGCUAGUCUCCCUCCGACACCACUAUUAUACACCCCUCAAAGAGUAUUUAAAGAGGAAAGUGAUAGAACUUUUC